UUGCGCGUCAGUCUGCGCCAAGCCCUCGACGUAGGAGUUGCGCUCUCUUGGUGCGUCGAGAAAACAGCUGUUGGGACCCUUGGUCACCGAUGCACAGAAGAGCAGCGAGAGCUGGUCAAAGAAUUAGGGACUCAGUGAGUUAAAUUAAGUGCGUGCGAGAAAUUUUCCGAAAAGUUUCCGAAACUUCGACUUCGGUUGGUCUUAUAUCACCGUGGAAAUCGGUUCAGCUAUGUCUCUGGAGGAAUCUCGGAGAUCGCAGCGACCGUAUAGGUACGGCAUGGUCCUCUUAUGCGUUGGUGCUCUCAUAAACUGGUUGGGUCUGGCAGAGAACUAUGUCGAACCGGUACGUUACGUCGGUGUCGCCUGCAUUGUCGCCGGUGCCCUUCUCAUUUGCGCCGCAAUGUGCUGCUGGUUGCACGCUCCGCCAAGUAGAACGAGCUCGCAAACGCAACACGCGAGCCAUCCGAUCACGGCACAGAUCGAUGACCCGAUCCACGUGAUCACUAUCGAGGAACCGUCCGGCGUGUCGAGACAGAAGCCACCGGAUUACGAAGCGGUGACGGAUGCACCACCGAGCUACGAUGAUGCCAUCAAGCUGAAUCCUAGUCAAUUAGUCAGGUUGAGCAAUGGCAGCACGCCGCCGUUAUCCUCAGGACAAAUGAUCCCGACGAGCAUCAGCAUCGUUUCUCCCACACUAACACCACCACCGCCGUACGCGAGGUGAGGCGGUGCUGGAAAUAGAGAGCAACGAAUCCGGAGAUUCGCGACGCGCUGGAGAAUCGACGAGACGUCGUUAUCGAGCGCGAACGAGCGUUCGCGUCGCAGGCGACGAAUGAUGCGAUUGCCACGGGACAAUAUCGUAGUUCGUCCUCGCAGGAUACGAAUACGUAGCUGCGCGAAGAAUGUUUCAGUCACAAGGAGUCCAGCCGUCCAGAAGACCACCUAACGUUUCGCGAGUUAAAAUUAAGGGAGGAUCUCUGCGACCUCUGCACCACUCCUUGAACGUCGACUGCUUGCAUUAUUAGCUCAUGGACACUGCGGACACCACGUCGACAAUGUCAUUUAAUGACUCGGUUGACUCUUCCUUCGCAACGUUACAUACUUGCUAUGAUCAUCGAAACAGACAGACGGAAAUCAUUGAACGAUCACGAAUUCGUUGAUCACGCAGAUGUCCGAUUCAUUAAACGCGGCCUAAGGAUUCACCAGGAUUCAUCAUACCAUAAUACUAAUCCUGUUCUCAUGUUCUCAUUCGUUGAAAGUUUCGGAGGAUCUCCUUCGUGGAGUCGCGCGCAUCUGAGAAGCUGAAGAUGUAGAAAAGUAGUCCACGUAACGGCGUACCAGAACACAAUGCACAGCUGUAAACGGAAGGAUUCGUCGUACUUUGUUACUUUCAGCGUGACUUGAUGAUCACCUCAACGAAAAAAUGCCGCGAUGAGUUAUGUCGUAGCGUCUGCGGUUUCUGCCGACCGCGCUCUUGCCUGGUCAACUUGUAGCCGCGAGAUUGAAGUAACGACGAAGUAAAGACUUUUGAUGCUGGGACGUUCCGUUCGACUCGUGGCCGGCUACUCAUUUAAUUUAACAAUAACGAACUGCGCCUGAUUGACGCCGAACUGAUCUGCAGAAACAACGAAACUCCUUCAAGUUAAAUCGAUGGAGCAAGUUUACGAGCGAUUUGGAAAACGCGCGGUUUUACCUCGUCAUACAUGUUAUCUGAAAAGUGACGCAAGUAAAGUCAACAUCUCGCUGAAAUAUGUAAAUCGCAUCGAUUUAUAUUCAUGCUUCUUAUCGCGCUAUGCCGCGUCCCAAAAUUCGCGUUGAUUUACGUCACUUUUGAGAUAAACAACUCAAUCGCUAUUCAUCACUAAUCGAUUAAUCAUUUAAUUAUUAAUGACGAUUACACGCGACGCGAAGAUGCUCCGAUACAUACUUUUGUUCUCAAACCCUUGGUAAGGGUACACUGAAGAUCACACAUCCCCCGUCCCCGGACUAGGUUUAAAAGAAGUGUUAGUAAUAGAGUAUUUGGCGCGUUGCGAGCUCAGUGUGCGCAAAUUUAUCGCAGAAUGAUCUUUCGUUAUAUCACCUCAGUGUCUCUAAUGUUAAACUACACACACACACGCGCGCGCGCGCACACGGCACAUUUAUGCGAAAUCAGUUCGCACGUCCAUUUUAUUGUGAUAUACGUAUAUAUACAUAUAUAAAAUAUAUAUAUAUAUAUACAUGUAUAAAUUAUUAUACAUACGUACGCAUAGAUAUACGCAUAGAUAUACGAAGCAACACUGUCAAACGUAACGGCAACGCUUGUAAGAUAAGACUUUUUUAUAUUGGAAAUACAAAUACAGAAUACGAGAUUUUUUCUAG